CGGAUUACGUCACAUACGGAAGUAGGGAAUGUUAAGAUGGCUGUGCUGCGUUGUCGGAGAGACCCGUGCGGAUUUCUGUGUCUCAUUCUGACUUAUUUUAGUGUGUUUUACGCCGAUUAUGUUGUUAUCCAGUAUGUACUGAUCCCAGCUUACUCUGGAAGUGUUUGGUGUUCACUUCAUGGGUCUGUCUUUAAUGUCAUAUUACUGCUGCUUCUGGCUUGUCAUUCAAAAGCAGUGUUCUCAGAUCCAGGUAUGGUUCCUCUUCCUGAGACAGCCAUUGAUUUCUCAGACUUAAGGUCUCAGUCCAGUCGUGUGAAUGACAGGGCUUGUGAAGGCUGGACUGUGUGUAGUCGUUGUGAAACAUAUCGUCCUCCUCGAGCACAUCACUGUCGAGUGUGUCAGCGCUGCAUCAGACGCAUGGAUCACCACUGCCCGUGGAUUAAUAAUUGUGUUGGAGAGCUCAACCAGAAGUACUUCAUCCAGUUUCUCUUUUAUACUGGCAUGGCCAGUCUGUACUCCAUGGCUCUGGUAGUGUCGGCAUGGGUGUGGCGCAUACGGAGUGAAAGAGAUGGAGAAAAAGGAGGAGAGGAUGUUCCCAGCAAGCAUCUAAUAGUGGCACAUUACAUCAUCUUGUUAGUGGAGUCCAUUCUGUUUGGUGUUUUUGUCCUGGUGAUAUUUUAUGACCAGCUGGUGUCCAUUAUAACAGAUGAGACUCCCAUUGAGCAGAUGAGAAACAGGCUGAUGAAGGACAGACCCAACAGUGGACAGUCAGUGCACACAACACACACCCGAAAACCUAAAGUCGCAUUACUAAGGGAGGUGUUUGGAAGAGGCUCUGUGCUGUGUUGGCUGUUACCAUUCCAAUCCUCUCCCCCAUCCGCUGGAGGAAUCACUUACUCACCUGUUCCUGAUUACGAUGUGUAAAGAUGACCGACGCCAACAUUACUUUAGUUUGAAUGAAGGAAGGAUGAAUGUGUUUUAUAAAGGUUAGCUCUGUGGGUUAUGUUGUAGCUCUUAAACUCUUCAUUUGUUUGUUCUUUCUUUCUUUCUUUCUUUCUUUCUUUAUUCCAGCUAUAUGACUGUCUUUAUCCAUCAUCAUGGCCUUUGAACAGUUUACUGUUGCAAUUAACAAACAGAAAUAGAGAUGUUUCAUUGAUUAUUAAAAUAUUGAAUACGUUAUUAUAAAUGAUGCACCUAAUCUAGAGGCUGUAACUAUAUUAGCUUCUGUAAAAUCUGUUCCACAGUCAUGUCUGCUACAUGUGUGAGAAUUUCUGUUUAAUGCAUGAAAAAUGCACCAAUUCCUUUAAAUAGUACUUUUUGCCAAUAAAGGGUAAACAAUUUAUUUAUUUAAACACUACAGCGAGUCCCAAAAACUUCCAUACAUUGCCUUUAAGAAUGCCUUUGAUAAAAGAUGAACAUAUUGAAAUUAUGCUCAUGGAAGCAUUGGGAAGCUGCUGAAAGGUUGUAAUGGACAAUUAAAUGCAGGACAGCAGACGUGUUAACACGAGUUUGUCGUGAGUUUGGGACACAAUUCUAAAGAAAUGGUCAUCAUGUAGAAAAUGUUUUGUACAUAAAGUUACAUUUUGAUAAAAAGUGUUAAAAUUCCUCGUGUACAGAGAAUUUGGGACAGAAAUACAAGUAUAGAAAACUCUGUACAAUAUACUUUAAUAUAUAUUCUGUGAAGGAUUCAGGCAUUUUUCAGCAAACACUAUCUGUGUUUAAAUACAAAUAAAAGUGUAGCAGCAGCAUCUCUAACACCAACACUGUGUUAAGUGUAAAAUCAGCCAGUCCUGUGGAAUGAAGUCAGUGUUGCUUGGGGCUUAAACAGUGUCUGAAAGUGGUGUAUGUGUAUAUAUAUAUGUAUAUAUAUAUUUUUUUCUUCUUCAUUUAACUCAUUUAUUUAUUUUUAUAGGUUUGGUGAUUUGUAAAUGUAUUUUAUAGCGUUUUAGUGCAGGGAAAGUGUUGAAACAUUUUCAGGUUACUAGCUUCAGUUAUUAAAGUGCUUUGAAUGUUCUUUGUGUAAUUUGUGAUACAUUUGUUUUGCUCUUUGACAUUUUAAAGGUUGCUCGUACAUUGCUAAUGGAUGGUGUUUACAUUGAUAUUUAUUGUACUUUGUCUAAAUGCUGCUGAAUUAAAGGACACCUUUUAAUAUUA